AUGCCUACUCGUUUGGUCAUUUUCCUCUUGAUUUUAGUUGGGCUUGGGGCUAGGGCUAGAGCCAGCUACAUUGGUUUGGGUUCAAGAUUGUUGGCUCGAGAUGAUGAAGAAUGGGUUUCGGAUAAUGGUACAUUUGCCUUUGGUUUCACUCCAGCUGCUAACGCUCGUGAUCAAUUUCAGGUGGCAAUUUGGUUCGCAGAUCUUCCUGGUGAUCGAACCACAGUUUGGUCGGCUAACAGUGAUGAUCUAAUCUAUAGAAACUGUCUGGUCACCAAAAAUGCCAUCCUGGAGCUAGACACCACCGGCAACCUAGUCCUAAUGGACGGUGACAGACCAGUUUGGAUGUCAAACACCUCCGGCGCAGGCGUUACAUCAGCAAGCAUGGAAGAAACCGGCAACUUUAUCCUCCACAAUAACAGCAACCACUCAGCAUGGCAAAGUUUUGAACACCCUUCUGAUACUUUACUUCCAAACCAGCCUUUAACAGUAUCUGUUGAACUUACAUCACCAAAAUCACCUAAUCAUGGUGGCUAUUACUCACUCAAAAUGUUACAGCAGACCACUUCUCUAAGCCUUGCUUUAACAUACAACCUGCCUGAAACCUAUGACGCAUCCCCUGAAGCUUAUGCCAACUAUUCCUACUGGCCUGGACCGGAUAUUUCGAAUGUUACCGGGGAUGUUGUUGCUGUUUUAGAUGAUGCAGGAAGCUUCGGAAUUGUGUAUGGUGAAUCAUCCAAUGGAGCAGUUUAUGUGUAUAAGAACGAUGAUGACAAUAAUGGAUUAGGUUCUGCUACAAAUCAACCAAGUACUCGGUCAGCAGUUCUUCGAAGAUUAAUACUUGAGAAUAAUGGGAAUUUGCGAUUGUAUCGAUGGGAUAAUGAUGUUAAUGGUUCGCGGCAGUGGGUUCCGGAGUGGGCUGCAGUGUCAAACCCUUGUGACAUUGCUGGAAUUUGUGGUAAUGGGGUGUGUUAUUUGGAUAGAAGCAAGACUAAUGCUUCCUGUACAUGCUUGCCCGGAACUUCCAAGGCAGGAGGUGAUAACUUCUGCUCGGAGAACUCGUCGUCGAUUGGAAAAUGUGAUUCGCGAAACGCAAAUCAGAGAUCCGAGUUUAAGAUUUCAGCUGUGCAGCAAACAAAUUAUUAUUUCUCCGAAUUUUCGGUGGUGGCAAAUUAUAGUGAUAUUCCUACAGUAUCACAAUGUGGUGAUGCUUGUCUAUCCGAUUGUGAGUGCGUAGCUUCUGUUUACGGGCUUGAUGAUGAGAAUCCUUAUUGUUGGAUACUGAGGAGCUUAGACUUUGGUGGAUAUGAGGACACUGGAUCCACCUUGUUUGUGAAGGUCAGAGCGAACGAAUCGAUGUCUCGAGGAGGCAGUAAAAGCGGGUCUGAUGAUGGUGAUACAAGAAAGAAGGUUGUGGCUAUACCUAUAGUUCUCACUAUGACAAUUCUUCUUGGCCUACUAUGCCUGUUAUUAUAUUACAAUGUUCAUAAAAAGAGAUACUUGAAAAGAGCCAUGAAGAGCUCUCCUAUUCUUUCUGGUGCUCCAAUACAUUUUACUUACCGAGACAUGCAAAUUCGUACCAGCAAUUUUUCACAGCUACUUGGUACAGGAGGAUUUGGGAGCGUAUACAAAGGAAGCCUUGGAGAUGGAACUUUGGUUGCUGUAAAGAAACUAGACAAGGUUUUACCUCAUGGGGAGAAAGAAUUUGUAACGGAAGUAAAUACCAUAAGCUCUAUGCACCACAUGAACUUGGUUCGUCUAUGCGGGUACUGCUCUGAGGGAUCGCACCGUCUCCUAGUUUACGAGUUUUUGAAAAAUGGGUCAUUGGACAAAUGGAUCUUUCCUUCAUAUAAUUGCCGAGACAGACUGCUGGAUUGGUCGACACGCUUCGAUAUAGCCAUUGCUACUGCGCAAGGGAUUGCAUACUUUCACGAGCAAUGCAGAAACCGGAUAAUUCACUGCGAUAUAAAGCCAGAGAAUAUUUUGCUAGAUGAGAAUUUCUGUCCUAAGGUGUCAGAUUUUGGACUAGCUAAGUUGAUGGGAAGAGAGCAUUCACAUGUUGUGACGAUGGUUAGAGGAACCAGGGGCUAUUUGGCUCCAGAAUGGGUUAGCAACAGGCCUAUAACUGUAAAGGCUGAUGUUUAUAGUUAUGGAAUGCUUCUUCUGGAGAUUAUCGGUGGCAGGAGAAACCUUGACAUGUCUUUUGACGCAGAGGACUUCUUUUACCCUGGCUGGGCUUUUAAGGCAAUGGCGAAUGAUACGCCACUGAAAGCAGCAGAUCGCAGACUCGGAGGAUCAGUAAAAGAAGAAGAGCUAAUGAGAGCAUUGAAAGUUGCGUUUUGGUGCAUUCAAGAUGAGGUCUUCACGAGACCUUCAAUGGGAGAAGUAGUAAAAAUGCUAGAAGGAUCAAUGGAGAUAACCACACCACCAAUGCCACAAACUGUUUUGGAAUUGAUAGAAGAAGGAUUGGAACACGUUUACAAGGCCAUGAAGAGAGAAUUCAAUCCAUAUAGCUCCUUUACCACUGCCACUGAUCAUCCAUCAUCUCGUGCUACAUGCAGUUAUUCAACAAUGUCACCUAGAUAG